AUGUCUUGCCUAUUCAUAUACCGUCUUUUCCUCCACAAACUGUCUCGUUUCCCCGGUCCGUGGCUGAAUGCGGUAUCGGAGGUUCCUAUUUGUGUUGCGUUGAUGUCAGGCCGACAGCACGCAUAUCUGAGAAGCCUGCAUGAGUCCUAUGGUCCAGUGGUUCGCACGUCUCCAAAUGAUCUUUCCUUUUGCGGUGGGACUGCCUGGGAAGACAUUUACGGCGCCAAAAGUAAUAUGGAAAAGUCCUCAGUCGUAACGGGUGCCAUCCGCUCCAAGACUGGCGCCGUGGCGAUGAGUGUCGCUCGUGCGGAGGCUCAUGAUCGAAUGCGAAAAGCUUGGGCAUACCCCUUUUCCACCACGGCAUUGCUACAGCAAGAGGCAUUGGUCACUGGUCACAUCGAUGAAAUGAUCAAUCAGUUGCGUCUUUUGGCUUCCCAAAAACCAAAAGGUGCCGACCAGUCACAUUGCUUGGGACGGGCUGUUGUUGAUCUGUCGAGCUGGUUCAAGUACCUUACCUUUGACAUACUAGGAGAGCUAACAUUCGCUGAGCCCUUUGGGUGCCUUGAUCAAGGUGCAGAUACCAAGUGUACCAGGAAGACAUUACACAGGAUAGCGGACGAAGAUAGGAGCCACAAAGACUUCUUGUACUACAUUCUGAAGAACAGCGAUGCCAAAAGGGCCUUGACGGUAGAUGAAAUUGUGGUCAACUCGUCGCUGAUGAUAGCCGCUGGGAGCGAUACCACCGCGGUCAUGCUAUCUGGAUGGGCGAAUCUCAUAAUGAGAAACCAGGAGGCUUAUCAGAAGCUCAUUCAUGAAAUUCGCACCACAUUCCAGUCCGAAAGUGACAUCACGUGGUCAUCCGUAAAAGACCUUCGCUAUCUUGGGGCAUGUAUCAAUGAGUCUAUGCGGCUCUUUCCGCCUUUCCCAAUCAGCUUGAUACGUGUUACACCUACAGGGUCUAGUCUCAUUGACGGUAAUAUGGUUCCUGGUAACACAAAUGUAUCGGUGGCACCUUGGGCCGCAAAUUACUCGUCCUCGAAUUUUAAGAAUCCGGAAGCAUUCAUCCCGGAAAGAUGGCUGGAUACCGAGGCAGGGAACCCUUAUAAGAAUGACAACAGGGCCAUGUCACAGCCUUUCAGCCUUGGGCCUCGUGGCUGUUUGGGAAAGUGGGUGAUUUCUCCGCACGUGUUCUGCCCUUAA